UGUAUACAAACAGUACUUCCGGUUGAAAUGAAUUCUUGAGAAAAACUUGGAUCACAAAAAGAAAAGCUUUCAAAAUGAUGGAAUUAAAUCUCACACGGGUGGACUAUGUACAGGUUGGUGUCACCUCUUGUAAAUCACUGCGGCUGCUCCCUCCCCAGGUUCCUGGAAAACCACAGAGGUUUGUUAUUGGUGACAAUAAUGGAGAGCUUCAGUGUCUGGGAAUGAAGAAAGGGGAAUCAGUUCCUGUGUUUAAUGCCACCCUCAAAAAGAAAAUAACAAGAGUUGAGCUAGGUGGACCUGUUGGAGGGACACGGGAAAGAAUCUUUGCAACCUCAGGGUCAGAGGUUAAAGGUUUCACAAAGAAGGGAAAGAACUUCCUCACUUUUGACACAAGUUUGGCAGAACCAAUUCAGACAAUGUAUGUGGAGGGAGCAGAGCUAUUUACCUGUGGUAACUUUGUUUAUAAUCAUUACCAUGACUGCAAGGAUGCUAAUCACUUCCUGUCUGCUGAUAAUAUCUGUGAUGUGAUCUGUUUACCAACCAACAAAGUCCCAGAGAUCACACCAGUGCUGGCAUGUCAGGACAGGGUGUUGAGGGUCUUACAGGACUCUGACUUGCUCUAUGAAGUAGAGGUCCCUGGCCCACCCUCUGUGAUGCAACUGUAUGGCAACGAUGGAGGAGAUGAAGGAGAUGAGAUUUUAUAUGGGACCUCAGAUGGAAGAGUUGGUCUGGUUCAGAUUGGAAGAAUGGCUCCAUCACAUCGCUGGGAAUUACCAAAUGAGAAACGAAGUGGAGGAGUGUUAGCUAUUGACAGUUAUGACAUCACAGCUGAUGGUGUCCUUGACCUAGUUGUGGGGAGAGAUGAUGGACUUGUGGAAGUCUACAGCUAUGAUGAAUCUGAUGAGCCUAUAUUCAGAUUUAAACAUCAAUUGAGUGAGAGUGUUACUUCAGUGCAAGGAGGAGUGAUUGCUACACAAGGAUUUGAUGAGAUUGUGUGUUCUACCUAUGCAGGCUGGAUCAGUACUCUGACAUCUGAGCCCAAUAUCAAAGAAUCCGGGCCAGAUGUCUAUCAUCUCUCAGAGCAUGGUCGCGAAAAAAUAAUCGGUCUUAGAGGUGAACUAGAAGAACUAACACAGAAAGUGAUAUCAGAACGAGAGAAGUACCAGCAAACUGCAACCAGUAAAACGGCAAUAUCAGCUGUGCCUCAGUUUGACAUCAAUGACAAGUUUGUGUUAAAUCGUGAAGAUGCCAGCUACACACUCAGUCUGGAGUUACAGUUACCUAUUGACAAUGUUCUUCUACAGAGUGAUGUUCCAAUAGAUCUUUUGGAUGUGGAGAAAAAUUCAGCUGUUGUCAGUUAUAGUGCAUGUAAUCCAGAGGAAGGUAAUUUUCUGUUGGCCACAUAUCGCUGUCAGGCAAACACUACACGCCUGGAACUGAAGAUUCGCUCUAUUGAGGGUCAAUAUGGGACACUACAGGCCUACAUUACCCCCAGGGUACAACCUAAGACAUGUCAAGUCAAACAGUACCAAAUCAAACCUUUGUCCCUCCAUCAGAGAACCCAUGUGUUUGAUGAUACCAGGCCUUUGAACACUAUUAAGUUAUCAGGACCGUUCAGUUUGGCAGAGGUUCAUUCUUGGGUCUGCUUCUGUCUCCCUGAGUUACCAGAGAGAACACCACCUGGUGAUUGUAUCACGUUUCAUUUUGUGUCAACAUUCUUGGACACUCAGCUGGAAUGUGUUUACAGGACUGGAUUUGAUGGUGGUAGCAAUGCCAAGGUCACCAAGAAAGGUGAAGCUAUAUUUAGAUCUGACAACAUCUCUACAAUCUCCAUCCUUAAGGAUGUACUGACCAAGGAGGCUACGAAAAAAAAGAUCAGCCUCAAUAUCACCUAUGAAAUUAAUGAAGACUCCAUUCCAUAUACCCUGAAUCUGAUCCAUCCCAAAUUGGAAUACCAACUUCUACUGGCCAAGAAAGUUCAGCUCAUUGAUGCUCUCAAAGAACUGCAGGUUCACGAGAAUGAUACCAGCUUUAUCUCCCCUGAAUACAGACAGAUUUUGGAAGAUGCUGAGGAACUGCAAGCAGAAUUCAAAAAACAGCCAUGUCACCUAGAAAGACUAUAUGGAAUGAUCACAGAUUUGUAUAUAGAUAAAUUCAAGUUCAAAGGUCAAAAUGUCAAGGGCAGAGUGCCAGCCUUAUUGGAGGUCCUAGAUAAUUAUGACUUACAAACACUAGUGCAAUUUUUUGAAACUGGAUGAGACUAAAUGCAUAUAUUUUAUCCAGCAUGUGGAAGAUAAUUAUAUGAAAGUGUUGUGAACUGCAGCUUAUGAUCAAUGGGCUAAAUUUUAGUGAAUUCCGUCCAUUUGUUUGUCCAUUGUGAUCUUUGUUGAACUGUGAUAUCUUUUUAACAUGGUACAGCUGUGUGUGCAAUCUGUAAUAAAUGUGGCUCUGAUAAAUUUCUUUGUAUGAUGUUAUUAGGAUAAAUAAAUGAAUUUAAUUAAUUUAAA